GCCAGUGCCACUCGCUCCAGCCAAUCGAUUAGUCGCAUGGCUAUAGCAGUGUCUUAAAUGCGGAUGUGUCGUGAGGCGGCCGUCAGUCGGUCCGCGGCGCGCGCCCCCGACGCGGCGACUGCCAGCGCGCCCCCCGACCGCUCUUUGUGUGUGCCGGUCGCCGCCGCUGGCACCGCCGCCCGCGCUCCCACACAUCACAUCACUCCAGAGAUAACCUCUCCUAGAGCCACCACGGUACUCUGAGACUCUCCCAAAAUAACAUUCAAUUAAAAGUUAUGUUAAGUUUCAAUGAAUAUGCACAAUCGAAUCAACAUGUAAAAGGAUCUGCUGACCGGAAUUAUCUUGAGGGGUGAAAGAGAUGGGUAUGGUGACCGGUGAAUGAGGGAUAAGGAGGCAAGAUGCGUUGGGUGACUUGGGCUAGCUCUUUGCUGGCCUUUCUGCUCUACUACAAUACCAUGGAUGCCGGCUUCGUGUAUGAUGAUAGGCGGGCGAUCCUGACGAACCCCGACGUGACGGGACACACGCCGGCGGAGGCGCUGUUCCAAAACGACUUCUGGGGCACGCCGCUUGCGGACGACGGCUCGCACGGCUCCUACCGGCCGCUGUGCGUCGCCACCUACCGCCUCAACUACGCACUUAGCGGCCUCAGACCCUGGAGCUACCACUUCCUGAACGUCCUACUCCACUGCACUGCUACUGCCCUGGUAGCCAUCACCGCCAAGAAACUCCUCCCUCGCGCCUGCUCCAGGGUCGGCACCGCCGUCACCGCCCUCACGUUCGCUGCCCACCCCAUCCAUACAGAAGCCGUCGCCGCCAUAGUAGGAAGAGCUGACUUAGCUGCGUGCAAUCUAUUCCUUUUGAGCUUCCUUUUAUACAACGAGCAUUUAAGACUACGCGAUAUCUCCGGCAAAAUGAAAGGCAACUGUCUGUAUAGAAGCGACGACUUUGUGCGCGCUCGCUCGCUGUCCACGGGCGAUCAGAACUUUCGAUUGAGUUGCCACGGUUUAGUGCAACAGAUAUUUAGUAACUUUAGAAAAUUACUGAAAGCGGGUAAAAUGGGACCUUUGAGACUUAUCAGUGGUGAUGGUUUAGGGUACGCGGUGAAGACUGAGGGGAGUUCUAAGGGAAGUGAGAGUAGUGUAAGUGUUAGUGAAGAUAGUGAGUUGUUGAAGUGGUUGAGUCUAUCGGGCGCGCUGGGCCUGGCGGGCGCGGCCACGCUGUGCAAGGAGCCCGCCAUCACGGUCGUCCCACUGUGCAUCGUGUACGACCUGCUCAGAGGAUAUCGACAAAACACUGUGCAUCAUAAGAAUCGAUGGCGGAGUAUAUGUCUGCUGAGCACCGGUGGAGUAACAAUGUUAUACUGGCGCUUGCGGCUGGCGGGGGCGCCGCCGACGUUCGCCACCGCCGACAACCCCGCCGCCCGGGACCCCGCGCUCCUCACCCGCGCGCUCACCUUCGCCUACCUCCCCAUCUUCAACUUCUACCUCCUCCUCUUCCCCUUCCACCUCAGCUUCGACUGGUCCAUGGACGCCAUCCCGCGCAUCACGUCCCUGUUCGACCCCCGAAACAUCGUCACAGCCACAUUCUACACAAUCGUCUCCAAAGUGGCGUGGAGAGCCAUCAAGCAUGAGUUCCUACGGGAGCUCUCAGAAAGCAAAGAAAUCAAAGUGUACAAACCUAGAGGGAGCUGUAAAACGAAAUAUAAGUCGAAUAUAAGUAGACAUCCGCAUCGGAAUCUUGAGAGUGCGGAUAGGCGAGCGUACCACGCGCCGCACCGGGACGGGGGCGGCAAGAAGCUGUGUCCGUGCACCGGGUGCCGACACCCCGUCAGCGAGGACCACUCGGGCAUCUGCCGGACCAUGAACAACAACAACUACAUGAACCACCAGUCUUGCAUCUGCGCGGUCGCUGUCAAAGCGAAACAGAUCAAACCGCAGACAGUGUACAACAGCUCCCGAGUGGCGCUGCUCACAUUCCUAGCGUUCAUGGCACUCCCGUUUGUGCCGGCCAGCAAUUUCCUUUUUUACGUCGGCUUUGUAGUAGCCGAGAGAGUGCUUUACUUGCCGAGUGUGGGGUUUUGCCUGCUGCUGGGGCUGGGUGCCGGGACCAUGACUAAGGGCUGGCACAGAAAUGAGCUGAAAAGCCGCAUGUUCCUGGGAUCUCUGCUCUUGUGUCUGCUCGCGAUGUGCGGACAGACUAUCAAGAGGAACAUGGACUGGCGCGACGAAGAAAGCCUCUUCAAAAGCGCGCUGCAUAUCAACCCUCCUAAAGCAUACGGCAAUCUGGGCAGCGUGCUGAGCGCGCAGGGCCGCACCGCGGAGGCCGAGGCGGCGUUCCGGAGGGCGCUGGCCCACCGCCCCAACAUGGCUGACGUGCAUUAUAACCUAGGAAUAUUGCUUCAAAACCAAAGGCGAUACGAAGCGGCCAUUAAAAGUUUUGAGCGAGCAAUUUACUUUAGACCCUCAAUGGCCUUGGCGUACGUGAACCUGGGCGCGGCGCUGGCGUCGGACGGGCGUCUCUCCGAGGCGGUGAGCGUGCUACGCGCGGGCACUCGCGUGGACGGCACGCGCGUGCGUGACCGGCGCGAGCACGACUCUGCACGCGUGUCAGCGCUCGUGCAGCUAGCAGCGCUGCACGUGCAGCGCUCGCACUGGCACAAGGCGCUGGCCGCGUAUAGAGAAGCGCUGCAGAUUAUACCCGAGUCGGAGGUGCCGAUUGUGGGGUGGACUAGACAUAGCGUGCUCACGAUGGCGGGCGAGAUAUACGCGCAGCUGCGUCACUGGGCGCAGGCGGAGCGCAGCGCGCGGCAGGCGCUGGCGGCCGCGCCCCGCGACGCCGCCACGCACCUGGCGUAUGCGAAGCUACUCGCUAGGAAUGCAUCAAGAAGUUUGGAAGCUGAAGAAUGGUUCAAAAAGGCGUUAAACUUAGAUCCAAACAAUCCAGAAGUGCGAGAUCAAUUUGGUCAAUUCCUCCGCUCCCAGCAGCGGCUGUCAGAAGCAGCGGAGCAGCUGGUGGCAGCAGCCCAGCUGGCGCCGUCCAACGCAGCGCGGGCGGCGGCGGCAGCGCGGGCGUUGCGGGACGCGCAGCGCUGUCGCAGCGCGGAGCGGUGGUAUGAGCGGGCAGCUGCGCUUAGCCCUGAGGAUGCACAAAGCCACUCCAACCUCGGGGCUAUUCUACACCUGAACGGUAAAUACGCGGCAGCGGCGGCGGCGUACCGGCGCGCCCUGCAGCUCCUGCCCGGAGACGAGAUCACGCUCACCAACCUCAAGAGAGUAUACACCCUCAUGACCAACCAGCAUAGGACGUAACUCUGUCUGUACCUUGUAAUUAUCAUUCCUAAGCGUUGUUUGCUUUCGGCCGCUCGGCUCCCGAUAUGUAACUUUAUCAGGAAGGAGAUGUGCAUGUAAAAACGUUGUUUUUGCCAACUGCCUAAAUUUCUAACUAGGUAAGAGAAAUCGGGACAUGCCCGUGUGAACCGAAUAAAGCAUGUUAUAUAUUUAUGUAUGUAAAUACGAUUUCUAUAACAAUACCAAUUCAAUUAUAACCAUAGACGUAGGAAAGAAGGGGAUUUUAUCAAUUUAACUGUCUAUGUAUAUUAAACGGUGGUAAAGCCGUGAAAGGGUCUUGAGCAACGUUAGGAGUAGUUAGAAAUUUUUGUAAAUAGGAAAUUUGGAAAUAAAUAAAACAGUUUUUAUACAUGUCAAAGAAGUGUAAUAUAAUGAUAAUUAAUUAUGAUGAAAUUGUUGAAUUUCUUGUCUUUGUAACAUUUAUAUGAACGGUUAGUUUUGGUUGUCUUCCAAUGAGAACGUGAUGCUGUUAUUAGUUUUCUAUUAAUUAUUGAUUGCUUUCAACUAAAGUGUUGUAAUUUAACGGAGUGUUGGAGGUUGAUCGUCAAUUUGUGAUUCACUUCAGUUUUCUUGACUCUAUGAGCCGUUUUUCUUGACAGCUGUCAGUUGAGUUUUUGGGUAAGCCGAUAGAUGGCGUGAAAACGUAGUGUACCGAACGUCAAAUAUUGCAUACAGAGAGCAAAGAGAUUGAAGUAUUAAACUCAGAAUAAGAACUCACUACUUUUAAUAGUACUUCUAUUUAGUCUAAUUUACAAGUUCAGAAUGUAAAUUUUUCAAGCGUCGUUGCCGUAGAGAACGCCUGAGGGCAGAUAUAGAAUUUCCGCUGUGGAAAUAAGAUUUCAGCUGACACAAAAUCUGUGUUCUGAGGGUUUGACAGUUAGUACAACACAGACAACGCCAUCUGUAUCUCCAAAAAUGAAAACUUUUUUUUUUUAACAAACGGCUCAUUAUAGUUGAAUUUAUAACAGGUUAAUUUAUGUUGUGCCUAUUACUUUCAAAAUAUGUUAUGUGGAAAUUAUUUCCUCGGUAGAGUAUUCAAUAAAGUCUGACACAUAUCUAUUAUGCAUGUAUUUGUGUACAUACGAUCAUGAUUCGACGUUUUGCUUAACUUAUCUGAAUCGAACUGUUUAUUUACGUUAACUAUACACUAAUACGUAUGGUUGUUGCUAUAAAUUUAUUUAUGAUAGGAGGGAAAAAUGUUAUAAGUGAUUAAUUAUUAAUUGCUAUAGUUCUUGGCCGAGUACACUGAAAUCAUUGCAUAAAUGUCGUAAGCUCCAUUGAGCUAUCAAUCUACUUAUAUAUUUUAUUUAUAAUUUUUAUAUAUUUUAAAAGGUUCUUCUCUCCUUUGUUAUUUCAUACUGUGACAAUAAAAAUAUAAUGUACAUUACGCUUUGUAGUAAUAGUUGGAUAAUAUAUUGUUUUCAUCUAUUUAACGAAUAUAAUUCAUACUUUAAUUGCUUAAAAACUCAUCGAUCGAUAUUAUAUCAAUUGUAAAUUAACAUUCGAGUAUUGAAAUACUAUAAAAUAGAUGCAAGUUAUGUUCCUUGGCUUAGAAACGAUAAUCAAUUCGUAGCAUAAACUUAAUAAUGUUAAGUUAUAACCAAUAGAUUACUGAUUAAAUAAAUUAAUCUUAAUAUUUUACCUGCAGUACAAUUUUGAUUGUUUGAAUUUUAUUCCCCUCUUGUUAUAUUAAAUACUUACUAUUAUUAUAUUAAAAUAACUGUGUUAAUAUUUUGACUGCUAAAAUGUACCUUCCUAUUUUAAGAUUAUGCUAAAAGUAACCUCAUUUUCUUAUAUUCAAUUCCAUGAAUAACCAUGUUCCAUAAUAUAUAUUUUAUAUGUAAGUAUUUUGUUUCAAAUGAGAAGGCUUUGGCGGAAUUGUAAUAAUUAAAAAAUAUGAUUUUAUAUGAAAAGCGAAAUAUUUAUAUUUUAAUAGUGUUAAGGAUUUAACACAGCAAAUCCCCAAGGUGAUAUAUGUUGAUAUUUUGUAAAUAAAAGCUUCGAUAUUUUACU